AUGACGAAAUAUAUUUCAGUCAACAAGUACAUGACAGAAGUCAAAGAAGAACUAGACCCAUUCGCUUAUUUGAAUGUUUACUUCUACCAUUUUGAAAAGUCUACAUUUGACAAAGUUUGGAACAUCGAACCCGUUAAGUUUGCUAUUGUGACUAAAAAUGGUGCGAAAUUUGAAGACUUAGACAUAGAAGGUUUGUUAGCAGUCAAAGAAAAUUUUGA